AUGCGGAAGUAUGCGGAAUCUUUCGUAGCUACGUAUAUGUACGUAAGCAGACAUCGGGAAACGGGGACGUCCGUGGAGCUUUUCUUUAUCCAGACCGUGUACGCGGGUGCGAAAGACCGCGCCACUCGAUCUGGUGUUUACACGUCUACACACAGCACCGCAGCUAGAACCGCUGUAAACUACAGCACGACACACAAAAAGAGAUACUUAAGAAUACGCCUCGUGGCAUGUGAUCCCUUGUUUCGGCGCGACCCGCGGCGAGCAUUUCUGGCGCGCGUGCCGCGUGCUGCCAGGUGGCUGCGUCUCUGCCGGCGCGCACGGAAUGUUAGUGAAACGCUCGCCGGCGCACCUCUUUCUCUUGCGGCUUGUGUUCUGAGGAAUUCGCGCGCUAACGACGGUUACUUCUGGCCACUGGCCUGUACGCGCAGCUGUCGAGGGCUACGCUCCUGUGCUUCUUGCCACUGUAUUCGGUCAUGCUGCUGCUGCUGUGCUGCUGCUGCUGUACUGCUGCUGUUUCAGCUGGUGCUGCCGCUACCGCGGCUGCUGCUACUCCCACUAAUGUUCGUACUGGCCGGCGCGGGUCCCCGCGUGGUGGUCGCUGUUGCGGCGGCAGCCGUAGCUGGCGAUGCUGCUUCGGAGCUGGCUAACGCAGACACCGCUGCUGCUGCGUCUGUGGCUGUGACCUUGUCGCUUUUCCCAGCGUUGGUACUGCAUUCCGUCGACAGGUCACACGCUGCCGGGAGGGCGUUGCUUCUCGGCAAAGAUGCGGCGCUGUGUGUGCUUCACCGUAUUCUGCUCAAAGUAGUAUCCCCGAGUCGAGCGGCGGGCGCCAAGACGAUUAGGAAAGUAGGAGCACAAGUCAUAGUGGUACCUCCCGACGGCGCCUCCCAGCGGCGACUGCCGCGGACGGGCGCUGCAGAAUUUCUACACGUGGAGGGUAUCACGCCGGUAGGCCAUUUCCUGAUACAGGACAUUGUUCGGUUGCACGCGCCUGGCUGCGAGCAUGAACGGCAGAGUACUGCACAAAAACGCUUCCGUGGACUAAAGCUGUUCUACCUGCUUGUGCUGGAGUACCGGCACAUGUGCCUCGCAUGUGGCACUCGUCUGGCUGCCCGAACAAGCGGAGUCCGGAUAAUCUACUUCAAGCACAGCUGGUAUCACGGAUACCAAGACCAGCCCCCACCUAGCGAGUCGCCGGCGGCGGCUGGUGGUGUAGAACCCGUAUCUGUGCACGCCGACGUCGACUCCUUUGCACAUGCGGAGGCAUUAUGGAGACUAUACGAAAAUGCUCUCACCGGUGUAUUGCGGAUGGUAUGCGGCGUCCGCGCGUCCGAGAGUAGUCACUCGGACACCUUUCCGACGUCCCUGCGCCUGGAAACCCCGUCCAAGCGCAGGCACUGGGAUGGUAUGCGGCGUUCGCACGUCUUAGCGCACGCACUCGGACACCUUUUCCGCGUCCCUGCGCGUGGCAAAGGCCGGGCAGCAGGUAUGCGCGUGUUUCGAGUUUUUCCGGUGUAG